AUGGCGCCUCAAUACAUCUCUCCUGCAUCAUCUUCCCUUUCUCCCUCUUCCCUACCUCAAUCACCAGGCAUGUGCGACAUCCUCUCGCCUUUCAUCAUGCUCUACGGCCAUCCUGCUGACGCCUUCUGGUGCUUCGAGUGCCUCUUCUCCCGCAUUCGCCACAACUUUGUGCUGGAGGGGCCGGUGGGCAUCCUGCGGCAGCUAGCAGUUCUACGAGACGUGGUGGCGCUGGUGGACCCAGAGCUGGCCUCCCACCUGGAGGAGCUGGGCGCCGAUAACUUCAUGUUCGCCUUCCGCAUGCUGCUCGUGCUCUUCCGGAGGGAAUUACCACUCGUGGAUGUGAUCGUCAUGUGGGAGAUGAUGUGGGCGGCGGAUUUCGACUCACGCAUGGCCUCUGUGCUCCUCCACCACCCCCCUGAGGGUCUCAACCUCGUUGCCGAGCCCCACACCUGGUCCACUGGUCCCCUCCCCCCCCUCGACUCCCCCACAAAUGAUGCCGCCACCACCCCCGUACCGUUCUCCACCGCUUCCAACCAAGGGGGAUCGUCUCUAGGGGGGUUUGACGUGAUGGGGCUGGGCGGGGGAAGGAGAGGGGGGAUAUGGCGGUCAGGGCAGUUGACGGCACAGGAUGUGGAGGGGGGCGCGAGUCUGAUGUCUCAGUGGGGGGAGGCGCGGGUGGGGGACGAGGACUUGGCGGUCUUCUGUGUGGCGGCAAUUCUGAGGGUGAACAGGAAGAGACUGCUUCUAGUGGAAGGAUCAGACGAAGCAAUCAAGAUGUUCAACGAUGUGGAGCUCGUAUUAGAUGUGGUCUCGUGCAUCCACCUCGCCAUCAAGCUCCGCACCAAGUACUUUCGAAAGGCUCCACGCGGCAUUCGAGCGAGAUAG